CUAACACACUGACAACUCUGCCUGCGUGGCCAUGUCAGGAGCAGCAUCGUGGCUCAGAGGAUAUCCUGGCGUCACCGCGUCACCUUCACGCGCCUCCUCGCGGCGACACACUACAGUGACUACACACUACAUACCUGACACACUACAAGCCUCCAGCCAUGAAGAACACGCCCGCCUUCCUCCUCCUCCUCCUCCUCCCUCUGCUGCUGCUACUGACGCCUGGAGGAUACCAAACCCGUGCUCCGGCCCUGCAAUGUUUCCCCAGUUUCAAAACCGUGGACCAUGAAUACUCCUACAUUACCAAUGCAUCCACACCUAAAGGUGACCAAAUAAAGACAACCAUGUACGUGCGUCCACACCGAGACCUGAAAGUCGUGCUGAGAGUGUUUGAAAGCGCCAAUCACUACCACUACACCUGCGAGUUCUUCCUGGGAAAAGACUGUUUCAAGGGUAACCGGGUGUGGUGGGACGAACUGUGGGUGAGUGUGAAGUAUGAGGGCACAUACAGCUAUAGCAGACAAAUGCGGACAUACGAAUUCCAAGUGAGGACAAGCACGUGUAUCAAGCCGUGUAUCGGGGAAGCCGAGAAAAUGCGAGGUGUUGGCAGCCUCCACGUCUUGGCUUCCGGCGCCUCACAAUGGAGACUUGACCACCCGGGGACACACUGCGGCACCAUCUAUCAAAGGACGACAGACAGAUACUGGUGGCCCUUCCCCAGCUGCACAUAUGUAAACCUUUCACCGCUCUUAAUAACCUCUGUCAAGUACACAACCCCUACCAAGCCCACAACAACCCCUGCCAAGCCCACAACAACCCCUACCAAGCCCACAACAACCCCUGCCACGGCCACAUCGCAUGCAUGCACGCUCCCAUUCACUGUGACCCCCGGAGUCGUAGAAGGCGUACUUGCAGGAACAGUAGUUGUGGUGGUGAUAGUGGUGGUGGUGCUGGUGGUGGUGGUGGUGAAGCAGCGUGGUGAGGCAGCAGUGGAAGCUGUACCAGUGCGCCCACGGAACACACAGUAGAAUCACCACGUGAAUAAGAUGUCAGCAGCCUGCAUGAACCUGCUGCUGACAGACAAGACUCCCGAGUCUUUUCUUCCUUGCUUUUAUUUAUCGUUUUUUUUUUUUUUCAUUGUAUAAUCCCAUGAAGGCUCUUUUUGCUCUUUCCUAUUUCUAGCAUAAGACAUUUUUUUUAGCAAUUAAUUGUUGUUUCAAACACAUCACAGUGCUUUUAUGAUGGAAAACUGAUCAUAUAUCUUGUCUAAGCUCUACUGUUAAGUUCUCUGUGAAAAGAGCAAAAUAAAAAGUUAGUGUGUUUACAUUUUCGUUUCACUUUCCAACCAUUCUGCCUGUCUGCGUUGCAAGGAGAGGCGGCACACGUCUCCGUGAGGGCGAGGCACGCAGGCCGCCGCGCCACGCACACCAGCCCCUGGAAGUUGUGUCCCAUUGCCCAAAAUGUUUCGUAAAAAAGAAAAGAAAAAGGUAUUAUUUUAUUCCUUCAUCAUUAGGCUCUAGAGCAGGGCUUCCCAACCUGGGGCACAUGUACCCCCAGUGGUACACGUGCACGUUUGUGGGGUACAUUGGGUGUCAGACAAUAACCACUGCUGUGCAAUGCUUGGUCUUGUAACCUACAGUCACAUUGCACAUUGUCGUGUUUUUUUCUCAAUUUCCUCAU